AUGAAGUUGUCUCUAGCUCUAUUCGGCCUGGCUGUGGUGCUCUAUGUGUCCCAAGUGAACGCUGCAGGGAGCUCCACCUCCACCUCGACAACAAGCUCAGCAACAACCACCACGGUAGCUGCAGCAACCACCACGGAAGCGGCAACAACCACCACCGCCUCCACCGCCACCACCACCACCACGGAAGCGACUACAAGCACAACGGAAUCCACGACCACAGCCUCCUCAUCCUCUUCGGGCAGCAACAAAAAGAUUGUCCGUAUCAGCAAUCUCAAGUACACGGCCAAGAGGAAGAUACGACUCGGAUCUGACAGCACCACCUCAUCGUCCAGCUCCAGGAGUAGCCGCACCAGGGGUCGCAAGGCACGCGUGAAUGCCCGAAAAGGCACAAAGUCGAACCGUAGGAAUCUUCGGGCCAAAAACAACAAGGUCCGCGUCCUCCGUGGCUAA